AUGAAACGAAAGCUCCCCGAGAUCAUCGAGAUAGAAGAAGACACUAAGAGAGCCCAAAGAUUGGAUGGCGGGAUUUCCCGCCCAUCUCAGCCCCCUACCCUACCAGAGGAUGCCAUGUAUGCUCGGAUUUCGGCCAUCUUCCCAGAGAUCAGGCUGGAGCACGUUCGUCAGCUGUACAUGCAGCACAAGAAAUCAGGUGCCGAAGUUGAUGUUGAUGUUGAUAUUGGGGAGGCUCUGAUCAACCACAUCAUCGACGCUGGGGCGUAUGCCAAGGGGGAAAUGGCGAAACACGUGGACCCCGGGGCCAUUGUUACCCCAUCCGAUAUCAGUCCUAGGAAAGGCUGGGGCAAGAACGAUGAGUCUGUCCGAGAUGAUGCGUACUAUCAAAAGGGCUUACAAAUCACAGCCACCCUGUUUCUUGGGGAUCCUUUCAUUGAGAUAUGUCGCAUUGUGUUCUUGGAAGACUAUCCAAACCUCAUCCUACUGCAACCUGGACUUCCCCAACAUCUUCUCAGAGUUUUAUAUAUGUUAUGUUUUGCAGUCACAGAAGUCAUCGUUCGCUGCACUGCACAUACUACUCCGGAUCAAGCUGAACAUUCUUACAGCAUGAACUCUCCCUAUAAACCACACCUCCUGGGCUUGUUAAAUCUGAACAGAAAUCAACUUGACCAGGGACUGCCAAAGGAAUCUGUAAAGGCACCUCUAAAGCCAUAUCCACCCAGGGUCACAAGUGACUUGGAUCAGACACGUGCGCUAGGUGACGUGAAAGCGGAAAUAACGCUACGACGGGGAAAGGAGCUGGAUAGAUUGGGGGCCAGAAAUGGUGAUGCACUAGCCGCUGAAGCCGCCGCUCUCAUGGAAUGCCAGUGUUGUUACGUUGAGAGCCCAAUCAACCGAAUGGUAUAUUGCACAGGGGAUAAUAUCCAUUUCUUCUGUGUGCAAUGUACCAGGUCUCUGGCAAAAUCCCUAAUUGGCAUCAUGAAAUACGACGUAAAGUGCAUGGAUACGAGCGGCUGUGCGGCCAGCUUCGACAAGCAGACAUUACGGCAGGCAUUAGGCCAAAGUCUGAUCGACAAGCUGGAGGAACUUGAACAACUCAACGAAAUUGCAAAAGCAGACAUCGAGGGACUCCAUGGCUGCCCCUUUUGUGAUUUCAAGGCCAUAUGCCCGCCGAUUGACGAUUACAGUGAAUUCGCUUGCCAAAACCCGACGUGCAAAAAGGUGAGCUGCCGUUUUUGUGAAAAAGAAUCCCACAUCCCCAUGAGCUGUAAGGAGGCCCGUGACAAGAGAUUGCCUGCGAGGGCAAAGAUUGAGGAGGCCAUGAGCGAUGCGCUUAUCAGGACUUGCCCCAAUCCAAAAUGCCAAGUUAAGAUGGUCAAGGAGAACGGGUGCAACAAGAUGGUUUGCGUCAAAUGCGGUUGGGUGAUGUGCUAUGCUUGCAGGAAGAAGAUCAACAAGGACGGUUACGGCCAUUUUAACAGACCUCCAAGCCAUUGUCCGAUCCAUGAUUCAGUGAAUACGCACCGCCACUUCGACGAUGUUUCUAGUGCCCACAAGAAAGCGACUGAAGAAGCCAUGAAAAACGAUCCAGACUUGAAACCAGAGAACCUGGGGGUCGAAGCCCCAAUGCAAGAAUCGUAUUCGAAUACAUUCAAGUCGCAGGAAUUCCGUUUUUUGCAACGUCUGCAGAAUCAACACCUGGGGAACAAUGAUAUGUAUGGGAACGGGCCUAAUGCUAAUAAUCGCGGUGGUUUUUUCCCUGCUGCCCAUGCUGCUCCCAUGCCUCUCUAUGCCCAUCGAAAUCCUCCCCACCCAGCGAUUCAGCCUGCACCGUUCGCGUUCCCACCUAUAGCCAACAGUCCUAAUCGCUUAGAUUGGGCCCCUCGACUGGUUGAACCCAGCCAACCAGUCAUCUCCUCAACUUCUCCCAAAUCCAGAGCUCGGUUUUGA